UGAGCAAAGCAUACAGAUGGGACGGGUUUGGGUUUGAAACAGGAAUUAGAUGGGGUUUUGAUGUAAGUACACAGCCCCUUAUGUUUAUCCAAUGAUGAGGACCACCAUUGCAUACUUAUGAUGUCUAUUUAAAAAUAUAGAGCUUUCCCUCAGAGUUCUAGAAAGACCACUGGACCAUUUACUAUCAUUCUCCCUUCACAAAUUUUCAUAUUGUUAUUGCCUUGCUGGAUUGCCUUCUUAUUUUGGCGGGUAGCAUUUCAACAAAACAACUAUAUAUAUAUCAACCUCUAAGGGGGCCGAAUACCGAAUGAAUGAAUGAACGAAUGAAUGAGUCGUAGCAUCAUCAGAAAGAGAGAUAAUUUAAUACAACAAUAUGGGUGGAGUUGCUUGGACUGAAGAAGAGGAUCACUUGCUUAAGAAAUGCAUACAACAAUAUGGUGAAGGCAAAUGGCAUAGGGUUCCUCUAUUGGCUGGUCUAAACAGGUGCCGAAAGAGCUGCAGACUAAGGUGGCUGAACUACCUUCGUCCUAACAUAAAAAGAGGAAAUUUUGCAGAGGAAGAAGUGGAGAUGAUUGUUAAACUCCACAAAUUAUUGGGAAAUAGGUGGUCACUGAUUGCAGGAAGGCUGCCGGGAAGGACUGCCAACGAUGUGAAGAACUAUUGGAAUUGUCAUCUGAGCAAGAAACUGAAUGCAAUGGAAGGCGAAGAGAGAUCACAAGCGACCAAAAAUGUUGAAGUGAUUAGGCCACAGGCUAGAAACAUUGGCACUUCAAGCUCCAUGAAGCGAAGAAGGGGAAUUCAGGGCGAGUCAUCAUCCCCGAUCGAGAGCGAUUUACUUGCUCAACAAGAAAUCAGUGGCAUGUCGUCCACAAUGUCGUUUGAUGCCGACGGACAAAGCCAUCAUAACAUGCUAGAAUCGCAGCUAGAAAACAACAUAUACUCAUGCUUGGAGCAGCAGGACAUUGUUGGUGAGUUGCCUAUGGAUUUCCGUUUCGAAGGAGGAGUCGAAGAGAUCAUCAACGCCGGCGAAGGGAGCAGCGGCCAGUGGGAUUGGGAUGACUUGCUGUUAGACAUGGAUCUAUAUAAAGAUUUUGCGACUAAUUAGAGCACCACACCACUCUCUCUGUUGUUCUUGUUAUACGCAAUUAUUAGUUGCAUAUCAAUAUAUCAAAUUAAAGUUGAAUGUGUUCAAGGAGAAAUUGGUAGGUGCACUUUCCAAUUCUCUUGAACUUGCUAUUAUUUCGCCAUGGAUGGAAUAUCAAUAUCAUCAUAACAAGUAACAUAAGUGCAAAAGUUUUAUAAA